UUCUAUAAUUUCAGAGAGAAAUGAAUACAAGUGCAGAUGAAACCGUUUCUACCUGCAUUAGUACCUAUCUACCUAGAGCAAUGGAGAGAAUGGAGAGCUUGUUAAUCCAGGGAAAGAAUACAUCUCUGAUGCUGCAUUUGUUAGAUGAGGUUGGGAGGGAUUGUGGAUAUGAACCAAACUAUCGAGAUUUAGCUCCGUAUACAUUCUGGAUCACAGGGAUACUCUCUCUCCUCCUGGGUCUCUUCGGACUGGCGGGAAACAUUCUCAGUAUCAUAGUUCUCAUGCAGAAGAGAAUGAGCAGUGUAUUUAACCAUCUCCUUGUUCUACUAUGCUGUGCAGAUAUUUUGGUCACUCUAACAGGACUUAUAUUUUCGUUUAAGGUUCUUAUUCCUGGUCUUUAUAUGAGAACUGUUCUACCUAUUAGUGACAGCUUGGCUCAUGUAGCUGUUACAGCUAGUGUCUUCUUCACAGUUGCAAUCAGUCUUGAGAGACAUACAGCUGUCUGUUCUCCACUAACCUACCAGGCUCGGAUAGUAGAGAAGGGUCACGUGUGCCUGCUGGUGUCCUACAGCCUGCCGGUCAUACUAUUUUCCAUCCUGCUCAACCUGCCCAGGAUAUUCGCGCACUUUCCCUUCGGACAGAUCCUUCAGGCGGAUCCUAUGUAUAUACAGACCGGAAUCUAUUCUCAAAUCUUCCAUCCGGUUUGUACCACGUGUAUCCUUCCGUUCAUAUCUCUAGCUGUUCUCAACUACAGGAUAUUUCUUGCUUCUCGUCGCCAGGGUUCAGCCAACAAUCCUUCUGAUCUAGCAAUGGCAAGAACUAUGAUGGCUCUAGUCCUCAUAUUCUUAAUUCUAAACCUGCCUCGGCUUUCUUUAGGACUUUAUGAGGUUGCUUUGAUACCAAAUAUAAACAGAUGCAACACACUAAGCUGUCCGUACAAUCCAGACUAUAGACAGUGGAUUGCAGAUAUAUUUGUCAGAUUCCUGGUUGUAAUGAACUCGUCAAUCAACUUUGUUAUUUACUGCAUGGUUGGAUCCAGGUUCAGGGAAUGCUUGUGGGCGCUUCUACCUGAAAUCCGGUUUGGUCGUAGUGUUACCGUGACUGCAGUAGACCCUCAAGCUGUCACAUGUUUAGUUCCAGAAAAUAACAACAGCGAGGACGGCACUUCACAGUGUACCACAGCUGUUUAAAUCUCAGCUGUUAUAUCAAGAAUGCUGCAGCGAUCAAAUCUCUAAAAGACAAAUGUUAGUCUCUAAAAUGUGAUAUUCAAUUUGAAAGUUUGAGUCCACGUUGAAUUUAACCAAAAUUAAAACAUCUUAUAAAACUGUAACAAAGAAGUUUUAAAACUGAAAUAAUAAUUAUAAUUAUAAGAUAAAAAAAUCUUAAUUCUAAUAUUCUAAAGGAAAAAAUAAAAGAGAAAAACAAUGAAAAAUAUAUUUCUUUUAUCAAUUGUUUGUAAUGGAAUAAGAGACUUUGGUUUAUGUUGGUGAUAUUUCUUUUUAUAAAAACUGGGCCCUGCAGUAAAACUAUUUACAGUUAUAGAAAUAUAAAAAAAAUAGUUACCAACCUAAACCAAAGACUUACCUGAGGUUUCUAUAGUGAAACAAAAUUUGCACACAAAAAAUAAAAUCCUAAUUCUCCGAGUUAAUACUUUAAAACCCUAGAAAAAAUUCUAAUCCCCACUUAGGUUGAUUUAGGUACAUUUACGAUUAUCAAGCUUGAACUGCAAGAAUUAUCGAAAGUAAUUUCAACAGAUUAUUGUUUAAAAAUGUAUGUUCAUUAAUUGUUCACAUAAAUGUUUAAUAUAAUUUGUAAAAAAUUGA